GAAGGCCGCAGCAGCGUCGGCCGCAGCAUCAACAAGGCCUGAAAACACCACCUCGAUGCCCACGCUGUACCUUCGCUGGCCCAAAAAAUUUCCCUCCACCUCGCUCCCGCUUGUCUAAUCAACAAACACUGCGAGCCGGCGCUGGGUAAUUGAUGCAUCCUACAGCUACACCUCAUUGACGCACUCGUCUGAAUCCCUCUCCCUCACUCUAUCUCCCGCGUGCGCAUUUACUUGGCAACGCGAAAGAACGCGUCCUUCUUAAUGCGUGAUUGAGCACCCCCCAAGUCCCUCUUUUCCUUUUUUUUUCUCCCCUUCAACUUCUGUCUGAUUUCUCAAGCGCCUGCUUUUCUUGCUGCUGGUGCUAUUGCUUUGCUCCAGCUCGCCGUGCCCGCGCGCACGCGACCGUCCGACACAAGACACAUAACCGUCCCUCGCAAAGACCUUCCUUCAUCAGCAUCCUCUCACACCAACCUUCAUCUCACGCGCUUUCGCACGCCAGCCCUCUCUGACCCUGCGUCCCCGUCUCGAUCGACACACGCUCGCGACAAUGUCUGACUCGGCCGCUUCAGCCGCGCAAGCUUCUGCGCCGGAUGCGCAACCGUCGGGUUCGAAGGUGGUGCAGGAUCCGCCUGCUGCCAGCUCCGAAGCGAAGGCCGACGGCGCCGCCGACACAAAGGCCGAUGCGGCCACAUCUGUCGACGAUGCGCCUAAGGAAGGCGACAAGAAGUCCGCUGAAGCUAAAGAUGCGCCCGCGACACCCACCGAAGAGGGCGAUGCCAAGAAGGAAGCCUCUGACGCCGCACCCGACGCCGAUACUGCUGCUGCCGCAGACGAGUCCGCGCCAACUGGUGCCGGCGCCAAACCCGAGGAUGCAGCUCCUGAUGCGGCAACGGAUGACGGUGAGACCGCCACGGCUGACGCCACCAAGGAACCCGCCACACCAGCCGACAAGUCCAAGGCGCGCCGCAAGUCGACUUCCGUCACCGACAGCAGAAAGAAGCUCAACAGGAAGGGAUCACGGGCCAAGAUAUUGCACAUGGACGCCAAACCCGGCGACUACUACUUCAUCAGGCUCAAGGGUUAUCCUCUGUGGCCCGGCAUCAUCUGUGACGAGGACAUGCUGCCGCAGACCCUUCUCAAGUCCCGCCCUGUGACCGCCGCCAGGCCUGAUGGCACCUACCGCGAUGAUUUCGCCGACGGUGGCAAACGUGCUGCCGACCGGACCUUCCCGGUCAUGUACCUAUACACAAACGAGUUUGGGUGGAUCCCCAAUCAAGAUCUCGUCGACCUCGAUGUCUCGAUUGUUGCGAGUCUCGCUACUGGCAAGAUGCGCAAGGACCUCCAGGCCGCUCAUGAGCUUGCAGGGGAAGGCCACGAUCUCCAGUAUUUCAAGGAUCUUCUCAUCAAGCACCAGGAAGAUGUCCUGAACGAAGAGAAGCAGGCUCAGGAGCAACUGGCUGCCAAAGAAGCCAAAGCUGCUGCUGCCGCCAAGAAGGCGAAGAAGGCGGCCAAGGAAGAUGAGGAUGUCGAAAUGGCGGAUGUGGACGAGGAUGAUAUGGGGACACCCGCAAAGGAGAAGAAGACCUCCAAGAAGCGCAAGGCAGAGGAUGAUGCAGCUACCCCUCAACGCUCGGACUCGGUCAAGAAGCCUAAGAUCAAACUGACCACCAACUCUACCCCGAAGGCUGCAAACGGCACCUCGACCCCCAAGUCCCCCAAGCCUGCAGCCGAGGCGAAAGCGUCAAAGUCCAAGGCGAAGAAGCCCGUCAAGGAGGUGGCUGACCCGAAAAGGACGGUGGAGAAGAAGGUAGUCGAGAAGGAAAAGGAGAUUGUGAUGCCCGAGCUUUCUCCUGAGGAGAAGCAUGCGCGGAAAGAGAAAGAGGUUUUGUUCCUGCGCCACAAGCUUCAGAAGGGCCUCCUGACGCGCGACCAGGAGCCGAAGGAGGAUGAGAUGAAGGCCAUGUCGGAUUAUAUCGAAAAGCUAGAGGUGAUGCCGGAGCUCGAAGUCAGCAUCAUAAGGGCAACGAAGAUCAACAAAGUCCUCAAGGCGAUCCUCAAGCUCGACAACAUCCCCAAAGAGGACGAGUACAAGUUCAAGCCACGAUCUAAGGAGUUGCUGGACAAAUGGACGAAGCUGCUCGCUGAAGGGGGCAGUGCCCCAACAACAACGAAGGUUGUCGUCUCCAACGGAGUCAACGGGACCGCGGCGGACAGCAAGACGGGCGACAAGGACACUGCCGCCAAGUCAGAGGCCGGCGCCAACGGCGCCAAGGCGAACGGCGACAAGAAGGCCGAGACACCCGUUGUUACGGAGCCUGCAAGCGUGGAUGCGAGCAAGGUCAAGGAGGAGACUGAGGAAAAGAAGCCCAAUGUCACCGAGUCCGUCGAGGCAGCGGCUUAAGUGUUUCUGACCAGGCACCCAAUUUUUAAAACUACCAUUUCAACCCGCACCACACAAUUACCAUGCCGGCGCGCAUGGGUGUUUGCGAGUAAAAGCGGUGAGACAGUGAUAAUCGAUGUCGAUGUUGAUGGAAAAAGACUCUUGGGGACAUCGCUACGACGGGGCUGCCUCCCUGCUGAUAGUUGAGUGGCGCAUCUCGACUUGGAGCAUGAAUGUAUAACUACGUAUCUUAUUUAUUAUCACGUUCUCCCGACUUUUCAGUCCUUCUUUUCGACCCACCAUCUAUGCCCUUUUUCUUUUCGUUUCUUCUAUCGUUUGGUUGUUUGGGGCCUUGUCCUGUCGGGUGGGAGUUUGGUUGGAUUCUUUGAAACACUGGGUAUCGUUUUAUGACGUCGUUCUGCGACCUUGCUAGUACUUGGGCUAGCCGAGAAUUCGCCUACAGGUACCUAUGGACACCAUCUGACUUGAUCACUACCUACCUACGUCUACGUAUCGGGAGCUUUUCUCUUGAAUGGAUGUUUAGGAGACUGUCGAGUAUGGUCGGGGUGAGGGAUGGUGCGUGCAGUGAUGCUGAGUGGUGGCGCUGUUGCCGCAUUUGGUGAAGCUAUAAAGAGAAGGAGGAUCGGCGGCAGGAUGAACGGGAAAAUAUCAAGUGGCAGCAGGAGACAUUAAAAGCAUCAAGAGCAUGGAAGUGAUUUUUUCCUAUAUCUUGAACCAGUACCAGGUAACUGUAGGCCACUUGCAAGUCACAAUUUCCCAAAGUUCAG